GCUUUCACAGUGACGCCCCGAACGAUGGCUUAAUCCAUCGUGAGCCUCCCAAAUGAGGCCUGUAAGCCGGCGCCCUGGAGUGUUCAUUGCUUUUUAAUGCGGGGUGCAGAGGGUUAAAGUGCUUAAAAGGGACACACACCGGCUAAACUUAGAGAAAAAUCACAUAGUUGUGCUCCAAAAAUAGCAGGGGAAGGCUGACAAAGAGGUGAGGAUCCCGUAUAAAAGCGGCCCCGCGUGUGAUCCACCGGCGACUGUCGGCAGCGCGUGGUUAUCACCUUCACGACUUCUUAAAGACUUCGGCUGACAUCGGUCGCCAAGCAUCCCGAGAGAGAAGAUGAGCGACGCCGAGAUGCAAGUAUUUGGGGUGGCGGCCCCCUACUUGCGCAAAACUGAGCGGGAACGAAUCGCGGCCCAGAACGCGCCGUUCGAUGCCAAGGCGGCCGUCUUCGUGCCCGACCCCAAGCACGAGUACGCCAAGGGCAAGAUCAAGAGCCAAAACGGCGGCAGCGUCACCGUGGAGAUUGACGGCGGCAGGGUGGUGACAGUACACCCGGACGAUCUUUGGCCUAUGAACCCGCCAAAGUUCGACAAGAUCGAAGACAUGGCUCGUUUGACACACCUCCACGAGCCGGCGGUGCUUUUCAAUCUCAAGGAGCGAUACGCCGCCUGGAUGAUUUAUACGUAUUCUGGUCUUUUCUGCGUGACCGUCAAUCCCUACAAGUGGUUGCCCGUCUACAACCCCGAAGUGGUAGCAGCAUAUCGCGGCAGGAAGCGUCAGGAAGCCCCCCCACACAUCUUCUCCAUUUCGGACAAUGCUUACCAAUAUAUGUUGACAGAUCGAGAGAAUCAAUCCAUCCUCAUCACAGGCGAAUCCGGUGCGGGCAAGACGGUCAACACCAAACGAGUGAUCCAGUACUUUGCAACAAUUGCAUCAGUGGGAGACUCCAGCAAAAAGCAGCAACUUCCUGACAAAGUGCAGGGAACGCUAGAGGAUCAAAUCAUCCAAGCCAAUCCUCUGCUGGAAGCUUUUGGGAAUGCCAAGACCGUGAGGAAUGACAACUCUUCCCGAUUUGGGAAAUUUAUCCGCAUCCACUUUGGUACGAAGGGCAAGUUGGCUUCAGCUGAUAUCGAAACAUAUCUAUUGGAGAAAUCCCGGGUGACCUUCCAGCUGCCGGCAGAGAGGAGCUACCACAUUUUCUACCAGAUCAUCUCCAACAAGAAGCCUGAUCUCAUUAAGAUGCUGCUGAUCACGUCCAAUCCUUUCGACUAUCCCUUCAUUAGCCAAGGCGAGAUCUGCGUGCUGAGCAUCAAUGACGCAGACGAGCUAAUGGCCACGGAUAGUGCCAUUGACAUCCUGGGCUUCAACGCUGAGGAGAAGCUUGGCAUCUACAAGCUGACUGGAGCUGUGAUGCAUAACGGGAACAUGAAGUUCAAGCAGAAGCAGCGCGAGGAACAAGCUGAACCUGACGGCACUGAGGUGGCUGACAAAGUUGCCUACCUCAUGGGGUUGAACUCCGCUGACCUGCUCAAGGCUCUUUGCAAUCCCAGAGUGAAGGUCGGCAAUGAGUAUGUCACCAAAGGCCAGACGCCUCAACAGGUGAACAACGCUAUGGGCGCCCUGUCCAAAGCUGUGUAUGAGAAGCUCUUCCUGUGGAUGGUCACCAGGGUCAACCAGCAGCUUGAUACCAAACUCCCUAGGCAACAUUUUAUUGGCGUGUUGGAUAUCGCAGGAUUUGAAAUUUUUGAGAUGAACAGCCUGGAGCAGCUGUGCAUCAACUUCACCAACGAGAAGCUUCAGCAGUUCUUCAAUCACCACAUGUUUGUGCUGGAGCAAGAAGAGUACACCAAGGAAGGCAUCGAAUGGGAGUUCAUUGACUUUGGCCUGGAUCUGGCAGCCUGCAUUGAGCUCAUUGAGAAGCCCAUGGGCAUUUUCUCCAUUUUGGAGGAGGAGUGCAUGUUUCCAAAGGCCACAGACAUGUCCUUCAAGAGCAAACUUUACGACCAACACCAGAGCAAGAACAGCAUCUUCCAGAAGCCCAAACCUUCCAAAGGAAAGUCCGAGGCUCAUUUCUCACUGAUGCACUAUGCCGGCACGGUGGACUACAACCUCAGUGGCUGGCUGGAGAAGAACAAGGACCCGCUGAACGACACUGUGGUGCAAUUGUACCAAAAAUCAUCCGUUAAGCUGCUCUCUCAGCUCUUUGCAACAUACGCCUCAGCGGACGGUCAGUUCUCUGCCAGUGCAUCACAAAAACAUUCCAACCAAAACACUCUAAUUCAUCGUUUGUUUGUCAUCGUAGCUGAUGGAUGCAAGAAAAGCUCCAAGAAAAAGGCUUCAUCUUUCCAGACAGUCUCUGCACUUUUCAGGGAGAAUCUCAACAAGCUGAUGGCCAACCUCAGGUCCACACAUCCACACUUCGUCAGGUGCAUCAUCCCCAAUGAGACAAAGACUCCCGGGGCGAUGGACCAUCAUCUGGUUCUGCAUCAGCUUCGCUGUAACGGUGUACUGGAAGGAAUAAGGAUCUGUCGGAAGGGAUUUCCCAGUAGAAUCCUUUAUGGAGACUUCAGACAGAGGUACAGGAUUCUUAAUGCCAGCGCCAUCCCUGAGGGACAGUUCAUGGACAGUAAGAAGGCGUCCGAGAAACUGCUGUCUUCCAUUGACGUGGAUCACGCCCAGUACAGAUUUGGUCACACAAAGGUCUUCUUCAAAGUGGGCCUUCUCGGUCUUCUUGAAGAGAUGAGGGAUGAGCGCCUGGCGGUCUUGAUGACCCGCCUCCAGGCUGUGGCCAGAGGUUACGUCACCAGGCUGAUGCUCAAGGAGAUGGCAAAGAAAAGAGACUCCAUUUUCAUCGUCCAGUACAAUAUCCGCUCAUUCAUGAACGUGAAGAACUGGCCUUGGAUGAGGCUCUUUUUCAAGAUUAAACCUCUGCUGCGGUGCGCCGAGGCCGAGAAGGAGAUGCAGAGUGCAAGAGAGGAAGUUUCACGCCUCAAGGAGGACUUGGCUAGGUCUGAGGCUCGUAGGAAAGAGCUGGAGGAGAAAACUGUGGGGCUCGUCCAGGAAAAGAAUGACCUUCACCUUCAAAUCCAAGCAGAACGGGAGAACCUGUGUGAUGCUGAGGAGAGGUGCGAAGAUCUGAUCAAAAGCAAGAUUCAUCUGGAAGCUAAAGUCAAAGAAUUCUCAGAGAGGUUGGAAGAGGAAGAGGAGGUCAAUGCGGACAUUACAGCAAGGAGCCGAAAACUGGAGGAUGAAACUUCUCUGCUCAAACGGGACAUUGAUGAUCUGGAGCUGAUCAUUGCCAAAGUCGAGAGGGAGAAACAUGCGAUUGAAAAUAAGAUCAAGAACUUGAUGGAGGAGGUAACCAUGCUGGAAGAGAACCUGAUGAAGUCCUCCAAGGAGUAUAAAGCCCUGCAGGAGGUUCACGAACAGAUACGUCAAGACCUCCAGGCUGAGGAGGAUAAAGUCAACGUUCUGAUGAAGACAAAGAUUAGGUUGGAGCAACAGGUUGACAAUCUGGAGGGCUCACUGGAGCAGGAGAAGAAAGUGAGAGCUGACAUAGAGAGAUCCAGGAGAAAGCUGGAGGGCGACCUGAAGCUGAGUCAGGAGAAUGUCAUGGACUUGGAGAAUGAGAGGCAGCAGAUGGAGGAGAGACUCAACAAAAAGGAUUUGGUAAUCACAAAUCUGCAGAACAAAGUGGAGGAUGAGCAAGCCCUCGCCACUCAGCUGCAAAAGCAGAUAAAAGAGCUCCAGGCUCGCAUCGAGGAGCUGGAGGAAGAAACAGAAUCAGAACGCUCCACCAGGGCUAAAAUGGAGAAGCAGAGUUCGGAUCUUUGCAGGGAGCUGGAGGAGAUCAGCGAGAGGCUGGAGGAGGCCGGAGGAGCCACCACCGCUCAGGUGGAGAUGAACAAGAAGCGUGAAACUGAGUUCCAGAGGCUGCGGCGUGACCUGGAGGAGGCCACACUACAGCAUGAAGCUGUCACUGCGGCUCUGCGCAAGAAACAGGCGGAUACAGUCGCACAGCUCGGAGAACAGAUCGACAAUCUGCAGAGAAUCAAACAAAAGCUGGAGAAGGACAAAAGUGAACUGAAGAUGGAGGUUGAGGACAUGGCAAGCCACAUGGAGAUUGUUGUGAAAAGCAAGUCCAACAUGGAGAAAACCUGCCGCAACCUUGAAGAGCAAAGUAGCGAGUACAAGACCAAGGUGGAUGAAACCCAGAGAGCACUCAGCGACUAUGCCAUCACCAACGCACGAUUGCUGACAGAGAACGGUGAACUUUCUCGGCUAUUGGAAGAGAAGGAAACUGCGCUUAAUUUGAUGAACAGAAGCAAAGCAGCCUGCAGUCAACAGAUUCAAGAGCUCAAGAGACUUUUGGAUGAAGAAAUUAAGGAAAAAAAUGCCCUGGCACACAGUUGUCAGUCUUCCCGCCACGACUGCGAGCUUCUGAGGGAACAAUAUGAGGAGGAACAAGAAGCGAAAGCCGAACUGCAGCGCUACCUCUCCAAGGCCAACAGUGACAUGGCCCAUUGGAGAAGCAAAUACGAGACAGACGCCAUACAGCGCACCGAAGAACUGGAGGAAGCCAAGAAGAGACUGGUCCAGCGGCUGCAGGAAUCUGAGGAGUCGACAGAGAUGGCAAAUGCGAAAAGUGCAUCCCUGGAGAAGACCAAGCAGAGGCUGCAGGUUGAGGUGGAGGACCUGGUUGUGGAGCUGGAAAGGGCAAAUGCAGCCAAUGCUUCCUUGGAUAAGAAACAGAGAAACUUUGACAAGGUCCUGUCUGACUGGAAGCAGAAGUGUGAGGAGAGUCAGUCAGAUCUGGAAGUGUCUCAGAGAGAAUCCAGAGCACUGAGCACCGAACUCUUCAAACUAAAGAAUUCAUACGAAGAGGCUUUAGAGCACCUGGAGAGCAUGAAGAGAGAUAAUAAAAACCUUCAACAGGAGAUCUCAGACAUCAGCGAGAACAUUGGACAAUCGACAAAAAUAAUGCACCAGCUGGAGAAAGUUGCAAAGCAAGCUGAGCACGAGAAGAAAGACACUCAGACAGCACUCGAAGAGGUUGAGUCCUCUCUGGAACACGAGGAGACCAAAAUCCUUCACCUUCAAAUGGAGCUGAACCAGAUCAAGUCAGAGGUUGACAGAAAAAUGGUAGAGAAAGAUGAAGAGAUGGACCAGAUGAAGAGGAACCACCAGAGAACCGUGGACACCCUGCAGAGUGCCCUGGAAGCCGAGACACGCAGCCGCAACGACACCCUCCGGCUGAAGAAGAAGAUGGAAGGGGACAUAAACGAGAUGGAGAUUCAGCUCGGCCACGCGAACCGACAAGCUUCUGAGGCCACGAAGCAAAUGAGGAACUUGCAAACCCAGUUGAAGGACACGCAAGUCCACCUGGAUGAAGCUCUCCACAAUCAGGAGGACAUCAAGGACCAACUAGCCAUCGCAGAACGCCGUAAUGGCCUGAUGACAGCCGAGAUGGAGGAGGCGAUGGCGGCUUUGGAGCAGGCGGAGAGAAGUCGUAAACUGGCUGAGCAGGAAUUGAGGGAUAUUAGCGAGAGGACUCAGUUGCUACAGUCACAGAAUGCAGUUCUCCUGAACUCAAAAAGGAAGAUGGAGAGCGAGCUGGCUCAGCUGCAAUCAGAGAUGGAGGACACAGUCCAGGAAGCAAAGAACACUGAUGAGAAGGCCAAGAAAGCCUUCGCAGAUGCUGCCAUGAUGGCUGAGGACCUGAAGAAGGAGCAGGACACCAUCGCGUACUUGGAGAGGAUGAAAAAGAACCUGGAGGUGACAGUCAAGGACCUCCAGCAGCGUCUGGAUGAGGCUGAAAGUCUUGCCAUGAAAGGCGGGAAGAAAGCACUCCAGAAGAUGGAGAACCGGGUCCACGAGUUGGAAAAGGAAUUGGAGGCGGAGCAGAAACGUGGCGGCGAGGCCCUGAAAGGAGUCCGCAAAUAUGAGCGCAAGAUUAAAGAGCUGACAUUUCGGGCAGAUGAGGAGAAGAAGAACGCGGACAGACUUCAGGAUCUGGUUGACAAGCUGCAGCUGAAAGUCAAAGCAUACAAACGGCAGAGUGAGGAGGCGGAGGAACAAACCAGCGUCCAGCAGGCCAAGUUCCGAAAGGUGCAGCGCGACUUGGAGGUGGCUGAGGAACGAGCAGAUGUCGCCGAGUCGCAGUUGACUAAACUACGAGCAAAGAGCCGCGACAUUGUCGGGAAAGUGGAGGAAAAAGAUGCCUGAUGUGCUAACUUUAACCAAAUACAGGCCGAAACUGGCAAAACUGGCGUGUAAUGCCGUGGUAAAUUGACUUACUUGAGUUUUUCAAAUCACGAGACGCAUAUUGGUUGACUCUCUUUGCUUUGUUUUGCAAGCUAGAUUUUGAUUUGCAAGUGAGCUUCAGGUGCACUGCUGCAUGAGGGAGGUGACAAGAAAUGGAACAGUGAAGGUCCUGUAAUGCCACGCAUGUGGGCAAGAUGCAACAAACCCCAGUGCAGCUCUGCUUACCUUUUGACAUGCUCGUGUUACACACAGUGUAAAAUGGUGUGCAAGCGCUUAUUAUGUAAAUCAGUAGACUUCAUAAACAUUAGCAAAAUUAAGACAGGCUCGCUCACAGAUACAUUUCCAAAAAUGCUCUGAUAACUAAAGAUUUACUUGGUUGCUUAAUUUUCACACUUUCACGACUCCGGACACAACUACUGCACAUACAAAAGUCACCUUUAGAUAUUAUGUCCCCUGUAAGGCAUUCAGAUUGAAACUGUAUUCAUCUCAGUACACCGGCCAUGUCAGAAAAGUUAUCAGUCGCAAAAUUGUCAGCAGAUUAAAAUGUUCAUUUUUGAUGUGGGCAUCGUUUGCAGUGGUUGAUGGACUGCAUUGUAUUUGUUUCUGCAACGGUACAAACUACAACAGCAAACGUGUUCACCAUCCUUGUGCUCUCCACAUUGAAUAGACUCCACAAAGAUGGAGACAUUUUGCUGAUGUUUAUCUCCAAUAAAGACUUUUACAGUGUACCAAGACU